UGAUAAUUAUUCAGUUCAUAUUCUCAUAAAUGUAUGUAUGUGGGCCUCAGUUUUGUUCAGUGAACUGUUCCUUUAAGAGAGUUGACAGAUGAAUAACUUCCAGCUCAGCGCCCAUGUUUCAGCUGCUGCUGGUCUCAUUGUUGACCCAUAACUGACCGGAGAUGAUAGGAGCUCAUUUUAUAACUUCUUAGAAUUAUAAAAAGAUGGCACUUUAAAGCGUCAGUUAAGGAAUACUGCAAAGUCCUUCAGAUUGUUGCACUACACUUCCUAAAGCUGUUGAUGUGUGUGUUGAGGACUGUCAUGAUGCCUCUCUCGUGGAGCAGCUCUAUCACUCUGUUGUUUCUCGGAGUGUCUUUCUUCCUGGUCGGUCCGUGUCUGUCAGGCUGCCGGGAUGCAGGUCUGUGCUGCACCGGCCGGGACCCAUCAUGCAUCAGUAAAGGAUGGAGGUCUGACCACUCAUUCGGUACUUGCUACUGCGACCAAGCCUGUGUUUCCACCAUGGACUGCUGCCACGACUAUGAGACUGCAUGUCCAGCGGUGUCCUGUGUGGUGAGCGAGUGGACCGAGUGGUCAGGAUGUGCUGAACCCUGCAGGGCUACAGUCCGCAGGAGGAGCAGGACCAUCCUGCAGGAAGCAGUCAAUGCAGGGAAGCCUUGUCCCCAUCUGAAGGAACACGCUGGCUGUGCAGAGUAUUGGCCUCAGCAAGGACACUGUCAAAACACACUUGUCCCCGCACUUAUUACCACGGGUGGCUAUGGCAACGCCAGGAAGAAAAGAGACAUCCCUGACAGCAACGAUGUUGUCGGGUACUGUGUCCAGUUUCAGUUGACCUCUCUGACUAAAGGCUGCCAGCAGAGCGAAGGCCCGCACACUGUGUGGAUGCAGUACCUGAGGGAGGGCCACCAUGUGUGUGUCGAGUGCCAGCCACCUGCCCUCGCUGCUGGACAGAAACACUGUGCAGGAGAUGGAUACGAAAACAACACAGACAGAAGACCGUCUCUCCAGUGGCAGGCGGUGGGAAACCCUCGUUGCAGGGGUGUGUGGAGACGUGUGGGGAGGCUGGAAGCUUGUUCCUGCCCAACAGCCCACAGCUUCCUCUUCAUCUAACCUCCUCCUUCCUUCUGUCAGCCUCCAUCUUGUAUAGAUUUGCUGAGAUAUCCACAGAAAGAACAAUAUUCCUGCACAAACCAGCCAGAACGAUUACAAACAGCCAACCUGUUCGGUUAAAGUGUGCCGGUCGAUGUUCAGACCAAUGACCAAAUGUAAACUUCUUGAAAUUAGUGUAACUCCAUGUCGAAAAAUUGGUGAAUAUGUGUCGAGGGAAAUUCCUAUUUGUUAGAAUGCCUUCAGUUGACUGGCUCUACUAAUACACACUGCAGGAACACAUAUUAUUAUUUACAUGGCAUUAAGAAUGAAAUAAAAGUCAGCCAUUCCUAAUCAAAAUGUAAAGUGAUUUGAUUUAUUUCAUUUUGAGUCAUUCAAGGAAAUUUUGCUUUCUUAAGAAAUAGAAAUAUCUUGGGACAUUGAGACACUUUUUGUUUUUGUUUUUUUACAUGACAAGUACUGGCUCUGUGUGAGUCACAACGCCAAAGUUACAACAUGCACUGAACAAUCGAACAUUUAUACAGAAACAACAGCAUAGAAAGUCAACAGGUAAAAAUGUUUUUCUUUUUUUUUUU